AUGGCCGAGAGCAACGAGCAGGUCUUGAGAGCAGCCACAAAAGACCGACAGUUUGGCGCCACAAAGAACGAGAGUUUGAUUGCCAUCAUGAAAACAAUCAGCGGCGUAUUCCAGGCAGAUGAGGCGGCGCUGGCGGCGCUCCGGAGCUUCAGCUCCGGCGGCGUCAUCGCCGCGCACAAGCAGCUCUACCAGGAUUCCGCCGCCAUGGAAGCGGCGAGCAAGAGCCAGGGUACGUAUCGCGGCUGCGUCUCUAGCUAUAUGGACGGGCUGUCCUCCAUUCCAGUGCCGCUGGUCACGAGUCGAUCCACUCUCUGCAAGAAUGUGGGGCUUGUGGAUCUGGAGCCCGGCCGACCCAAUCCAGGCAGUGUUCUUCACGGGUUUCUCCGAGUGGAGGCCUUUCGCUGCUCCAAUGUGGCCGUGAUGGCACCGGAAGAUGACAGUGGAAGGAUGGCGAGGCUCUUGGCUCUCAACUCGCUGUUCUGGAAUUCCUCGCAGGAAGAAGUGGCAAGGAUUUUCCACAGGGCGCGGAGGUUUUUCCUGAAGAACCCAUGCCUGGUGGAAGCGGAGUUUUGCCAAGGCCUGGCAGUCUGGGUUCCAAAUCCACUCUCGCUCGAGAUCGUCUCUUGCUUUCCUCGAAUGGAAGUUGGCGACCCGGAUGUUUUUAUCGGCUGGGGGAGCAAGGAACUCGACGAGAGGAAGAACUACUUGGCUGCGGCGGAUCUCUUCACUCGCUGCCUCGAGUGUCUCCAAGCACGUGGAGACGAGACGAAGAUGGUGGUGGCUCUCGUGAGGCGAGCCGAGGCACGGAUCAAGCUUGAGCGAUACGAAGGAGCUCUGGCCGACGUCGAAAAGGCACUGGCACUGGAUCCUCGCGACUUGAAGGGCCUCGCAGUACAAGGAGCGGCGGUGCUCGGGCUCAAGCAGUAUGGAUUAUCCAGCUCGUGCUUCAAAGAGGUGGUCGAAGUGGAAGCCUCGCCGGCUUACAGGAGCUUAUACGAUGCUUCACUGCGUUUCAGGGAGCAGAGUGAGCGUGGCGUUUACGAUCUCUCCCUCUCCCUGCAUUACCUCGCGGCUGGAGGAGGCUUGGGAGAUGACCACGCUCCAGAACUUGCAGAUUUUGUUGGUCCCGUGAAGGUGGCGAUGACUCAAGAUGGCCGAGGGAGGGGCCUCUUUCUCACCGAAAACGUCGCUUUGGGACAACUUCUUCUCGUCAGCAACGCGGUGGCAGUGGUUUUUCCAGACGAGGAGUGCCCGGUCUUGGAGGCGGAUAAGUUUGGAACUCUUCUCACGGCGGUGCUGAGGGCGUGCAUGGCUUCUCCAAAGACUCUAACACAAGUCUACAGCUUGGCCGAGAGCGAUCCCGUCACAGGACUAAGCAUCGACAAGGACAACGUCCCAGAGAUGGAGUUCUUCCAGCCGAAUCACACACGAGCUCGACCACAAAGAGCUCCUCCUCGACGUUACUCGCAUUGCAAACAUCCUUCACUGCGUCAACGAGAAUGGAGAGGCAGACGACGACCCUCUUGUUGUCGGAGACUUCGAUGGCCUGUGGACGCUUCCCGGUUUCAUCAACCAUUCGUGCCUUCCAAAUGUUGGUGUCCACUGCGUUGGAAAGGCUCUUUUGGUGGUGGCUGCGAGAGAUCUGGAGGCCGGGACCGAGCUCGUUCGAUCAUAUGGAAGUGCUCUCGCUCCCUGGAACCCGAUGAGGCGGGACUCCAUCAGAGUAAACUGCCGGUGCGAGAGGUGUACUCUGGAAGAACGAUUGGAAGAAGAGCUCCGGGAUGUGAGCCAGAGAUUUGAUGCGCUGCUCAAUGCUACCUCAGUGGUGGAGUCCGAGUUUCACGAGGAGAUGGGGGAAGUAGCAGUGGAGCUGGAGUGCAAAGUUUGUGAUAUGGAUUUGAGAGAGGCCGAGAGGCAGUGGAUCCGGACGUCCUACUGCCUGGCUUACUUGUCUUUGCAUCUGAGAAAGGAGGCUUUGCAAAGAGAAAAAACGAUGCCUUUGAAGGAA